UUGAACAGCCCACUUCGUUUGGCGGGACUGAUAUUUUGUCGCUCUCCUCUGCUCCAUCGUCCUAUUUUCUAAGGCACCAUGCUGUUCUCGGGCAGAAGAAGGAAGUUGGCCGUUAACGCUCAGACCGAGAUCUAUGGCCAGCCUCUGCAGUUCUACGGACAGCCUCCUCUUGAAAACAUCUCUCUCUCUGAGUUUGAGACGUUUGCGGUGGACCGACUGAAGCUGCUGAAGACUGUUGAGACUUUAGGAGUGAGCUACGUCAAGGCGUCCGAGCAAUACUCAUUUAAACUGAUGAACGAGUCCAAAAGCCUGAACUUUCCUUACCGACCAGAGGCUGGGAGUAUGGAUGACAGAAAACCUCAGCCUGGACCAACUGAGUAUGACAAACGGAGAAAGGAUCACAUCUCUCACUUCAUUCUCAGACUCGCCUACUGCCAAACGGAGGACCUGAGGCGAUGGUUCAUACAGCAGGAAGUCGAUCUUUUCCGCCACCGCUUCUCUGAGCUGCAUCCAAAACAAAAGCUGGAAUUUCUCCACAGGAAUAAUCUGCAAUAUGACACGAUCAGCGUCGAGGAGAAAAAAGCUCUGCAGGAUAAACUCAUCAGCUCCAGUGCUGGCAUCAGUGGGAUCACCGUGGAAGACCAGGACUUCUACAAAGUUCCCUUUCAGGAUGCUCUGGAUGUGGUGCGCAUGAGGAAGGUGUACCUCAAAGCAGGCUACGUCUACAUCCCACACCAGGACAUCGUCACCAUCGUUCUGAAUGACUUCCGCACCAGGCUCUCCAAGGCUCUGGCCUUGACAGCUCGCUCGCUGCCAGCGGUGCAUUCUGAUGAACGGCUCCAGCCGCUCCUUAACCACCUCAGCCAUGCGUAUGUGGGACAGGAUUACAGCAUCCAGAAGAACGUCGGGAAGAUCUCCUUGGAGCAAAUUGAUUCACUUUCAGCGAAGUCGUUCCCGCUCUGCAUGAGGCAGCUCCACCAGGCCCUACGGGAGAACCACCACCUCCGCCACGGAGGCCGCAUGCAGUACGGCCUCUUCCUCAAAGGGAUCGGCCUCUCCCUGGAGCAGGCGCUGCAGUUCUGGAGGUCGGAGUUCAUCAGAGGCAAAGUGGACGCAGACAAGUUUGACAAAGCGUAUGCCUACAGCGUCCGCCACAUGUUUGGCAAAGAAGGCAAGCGAACAGACUACACCCCCUUCAGUUGCAUGAAGGUGAUUUUAUCAAACCCACCCAGCCAAGGCGAUCAUCAUGGUUGCCCAUUUCGUCACAGCGACCCGGAGCUGCUGAAGCAGAAGCUCCAGUUCUACAAGGUGUCUCCCAGCGGGAUCCAUCAGAUCCUGGAGCUGGUGAAAGGGAUGCACUACCAGCUGGCGUGCCAGAAAUACUUUGAGCUGACGCACAAUGUUGAAGACGCCACUUUCUCGCUCAAUCACCCCAACCAGUACUUUACGGAAAGCCAGAAACUUUUGGGCACGGGCAGAGACAUGAAGCGAGAGACGGACGGCGCACAGAGGUCUCAGGAGAACGCUUCCACUAAAGGGUCCAGCACAGCUCGAGAGGCCGCGGCGAAGCCCCCCCAGCAGAUCGCCGAGAUGACGGAGGAACUGGACUCCUUCUUUCAGGACGCCUAACGGGAGCGUGUUUGGUUUUUUUGUUUUUUUUUUAUAGAAUUAAAGUAUCUUUUGAAAGGGGGCUGAGGGUUCCAUAUUGUUCAUAGUUUGACUCCCCUAUCAUGUAAGUUUC